GACUGUUGGACAUUGUGUGAGUGUGUGAGAGAAGAACACCAAAACUAAACCUAAUACGGUGUGGUGGAGUGAUAAAAAGCUCUUUGUGAAAGUAAUCAACCGGGAAACAGGUGCUUUGACCAGACCGUAGCGGUGAUUAAAUUUCGCAAAAUGGCCAAAAUGGUCAUCAUUGGCUUUGUGAUAUGGUCUUGCCUGUUGCUACAAAUGACUCCCGCCGAACCAGAGACCCAACCCAACCGCCAAGUCAACCUGGAAGACAUCGAACGGGACAAUCUCAACAGCGAGCGCCACCUGGCGUUCAAGAAGGAAGCGAAACCAUACCAACCCCCACUGCAAGCAUCCUCUUCCCAGAGUAGCAAUCACUACGCGAUCCAAAUCGAACACCACCCGGGUGGGGCCACCAGCCACGCCGGCAUCAACUAUGUCACGCCGAUUCCAUCGGGACCUGCUGGUAUUACGUACGCUAAAAUUCCGACCGGACCGGGCAUAACCUACUCGAAACCUUUCACGGCCCAGUACAACGCACAGUACCAGCCUCAGUACCCGCAGAAGGUUCCGCAGGUGCAUGAAGACCACUCGACCUACACGGUGCCGUCGCGUCAGUCGUUGAUCCAGCCGAUCAUCGGCGGAAGCGCUCCGGCCGCGAACCAUCUGCUGACGCCCCAGCCGCAGUACGUGUACGUGCAGGCCCAGCCCCAGCAGGUUCACCAGUACGCGAACCACAACAUGGCCCAAUCGCUGAUGCAUAUUCUCCCACAGAACCAACAAGCUUAUAUCAUGAUACCAUCGUCCUACUACCAGCCACCGCACUCGGCACAGCAGUAUGCGGCUUAUGUGAACGACCAGGACAACCACGGCGGCAACAACAACCAAGCUGUGCAGGCUUACUCGCACGGUGAAACCGGCAACAGCAGCCCAUCAGCUGCAGCGGCGCCCCCCAGUGGUGCAUCGGCUCCGUUGAAGACCCCCGGAGUGGUCUACGCAGCGGUACCUUCCUCAACGCCGGCUCCCCCGCGACCGCAUCACACUCCAGCUGCAGCUGACGAGUACUCCAUCUCGCAGAACGCCGAACCCGCGAUAUACUUCAACCACAACCAUCUGGCUCAACCGACUUCCGGAGUCCAGUACAGCUACUCGCCAGCCAAGCCUUCCAUUCAGAUCCACCACGAAGUCCGAUCCAGCUAUCCCUCGUUGGCCCAGCCAAACAAUGGAAUCCUCAACUACCUUGGCGUACAACACAAAGCCCCCACGAGUCUUCUUGAUUCCUACGUCCCCAGUGCCCUCCAGUUCACUCCCCUCAAACAGUACCAAUAUCCGACCAAACCCGCCGUUCCAGUUCAGGUCUACCACCAUCCGUACCACCGUCACCCCCAGCAUCACUACCCACCCCAGACUCAACAACCCCACCAGUUCUACCAACCCUCCUAUCCGGUUCCCCACCACUCGACCUACCCAAUCUACCAACCCCCGCAGCAGCUUCACUUCCAGCAACCCCAGCCAACUCCAACGGCCAUAUCUCACAUCCCGGCGGCAUCCUCCCUCUACAACACCAUCGCGUACUCGGUCCCGCUGGCGCACACCCAAACGGCCACCCAGUACAAGCGGUCCCCGGCCCUCGAGAGUGUCGCCGGAUUCAAGCCAUCGGUGCCGCAACGCACGAAGCUGCAACCGGCUGCUGGGAAGGUGAACUAACGUUUCGCAAAACUUACCGAAUAAGAAGUCUAAUUUAUAUACGAUAAGAUUAACCGUUUAGUUUCGAGACGAUGUACGAAAACGCCCGAAUAACUCCAUACGAACGAGAAACUUCGCAGUUACCUUUCACUAAUCACGAAAUCAUAACAAGUUAGAUGUUCGAAAUGUGGUGAAAUAAAACCGUCCACUAGAGUUACAGUGAAAACAAAAAAUCAGACAAUUGUAAAUAUUUUGCU